UGCGCGCUCAGUGCAGCCUCAGUCCUCGGGAGGUCAGGAUGGCGCGCGCCGCUACCUUCGUCCUGCUGGCUCUGCUGGCCGUGUGCAGCCUGGAAGCCGCCAAGCGUCAACCAAAAGUUCAAGUGUACUCACGUAACCCAUUAGAGAUUGGAAAGCCCAAUUUCCUGAAUUGCUACGUGUCUGGAUUCCAUCCUGCUCCUAUUACCAUCGAAUUGUUUAAGAAUGGAGAGAAAAUGGAUUCAGAGCAAUCAGACUUGUCUUUCAGUAAGGACUGGUCUUUUUAUCUUCUGGUCCACUCCAGCUUCACUCCUGAUGGAAAAGAUGAAUAUACUUGCCGCGUGAGCCAUGAAACUCUCAAGGAGCCCAUGGUAGUUAAGUGGGAUCCUGCCAACUAAUCAAAUGAUGGAGGAUUCAAGAUGCCUCAUUGGGAUUGGCCUAAUUUCAGAUUCUCUUAUUUCUUAUAUGGAUAGGCUUUUGUGCUUUAUGCUCCACAAAACAGCAAACCACCUAUGAUUUCCUUGGCCCUUUGGUUGUGCUUAUAAGCAUCUUAGGGGUAGGGAGGAAAAAAUUCUUCUAUUCAGUGUAACAUGUUGGUCAGAUCUGAACUCUUCAUUCUUUUGCUGACAAUAAGAUACAAUGAAACAAGAUAAUCAUGCAUGCUUAGAGUUAACCUCCAAUUUGCAUACUUAGAAUUUUGGGAAAAUUUUCUGAAAGAUAAUUGUCAAAAUUGUUGGCAAUUUGGUAUAAUGGAUGAAACAUUUUGUCACAAAUUCAUAUUUACCUCAGGGCUGUUGUGGUUGCCACUUAACAGCGGCAAAAAUUGAAAUUGUUUUGAUAAUUAAAGUUGUGGUAAAACUUGAUGUGUUUCAUUUCUAUAAU